UCUGGAUCUGCACUGAUGGACUGUGUAUCAUCAGAUUCUUCUAAUCAUAUCCGGGAGCUCACCUGCUCAGACUCUGUCAGGCUGGUGAAUGGGACUAGUCUGUGUUCAGGCAGACUGGAGGUGAAGUCUGAGCAGUCGUGGUCCUCAGUGUGUGAAGCUGACUUUGACCAGCAGGAUGCAGAUGUGGUCUGUAGGGAGCUUGACUGUGGGACUUCUUUAGUCCUCCAGGGGGCACUCUAUGGAGAAGUGGAGGCUCCAAUGUGGACCAAAGAGUUCCAGUGUGGAGGCAAUGAGUCUGCUCUCCUGGACUGUGAACGAUCAAACUCAGCUACAAGAACCUGCUCACCUGGUAAAGCUGUUGGACUCACCUGCUCAGAGCCUUUCAGAUUGGUGGGAGGAGCCAGUCGCUGUGCAGGUACACUGGAGGUGAAAGAGGGAGUGUGGAGACCAUUAAGAUACUCUGACUGGACCCUGAAUGAAGCAGAUGCAAUAUGUAGAAAUCUGGACUGUGGCUCUGCUGUUUCAACAAGAAGCAGAAGGCUAGACUCAGACAGACCUGUAUGGGUGAUCAGUUCUGACUGUCUUCGUUCUGGAUCUGCACGGAGGAGCUGUGUAUCAUCAUCAUAUUUAUCGUCCUCCAUCUUGGAGAUCACCUGCUCAGACUCUGUCAGGCUGGUGAAUGGGUCUAGACUGUGUUCAGGCAGACUGGAGGUGAAGUCUGAGCAGUCGUGGUCCUCAGUGUGUGAAGCUGACUUUGACCAGCAGGAUGCAGAGGUGGUCUGUAGGGAGCUUGGCUGUGGGACUCCUUCAGUCCUCCAGGGGGCGCUCUAUGGAGAAGUGGAGGCUCCAAUGUGGACCAAAGAGUUCCAGUGUGGAGGCCAUGAGUCUGCUCUCCUGGACUGUAGAAGAUCAGACUCAGCUAGAAGAACCUGCUCACCUGGUAAAGCUGUUGGACUCACCUGCUCAGACCUGCAUCCUGUCAGGUUGGUGGGAGGAGCCAGUCGCUGUGCAGGUACACUGGAGCUGAAACAUGGAGAGUGGAGACCAGUGAGUUACUCUGACUGGACCCUGAAGAAAGCAGACGUACUAUGUAGAUAUUUGGACUGUGGCUCUGCUGUUUCAAUAGGAAGCAGAAAUGAAGCCUCACACAGAUCUGUAUGGUGGAUCAGAUCUGACUGUUUUCUGUCUGAAUCUUCCCUGAUGGACUGUGUAUCAUCACGUUCAUCUUCCUCCAUAGUGGAGCUCACCUGCUCAGACUCUGUCAGGCUGGUGAAUGGGACUAGUCUGUGUUCAGGCAGACUGGAGGUGAAGUCUGAGCAGUCGUGGUCCUCAGUGUGUGAACCUGACUUUGACCAGCAGGAUGCAGAGGUGGUUUGUAGGGAGCUUGGCUGUGGGACUCCUUUAGUCCUCCAGGGGGCGCUCUAUGGAGAAGUGGAGGCUCCAAUGUGGACCAAAGAGUUCCAGUGUGGAGGCAAUGAGUCUGCUCUCCUGGACUGUAGAAGAUCAGACUCAGCUAGAAGAACCUGCUCACCUGGUAAAGCUGUUGGACUCACCUGCUCACCAGAGCCUGUCAGGUUGGUGGGAGGAGCCAGUCGCUGUGCAGGUACACUGGAGAUGAAACAUGGAGAGUGGAGACCAGUGAGUUACUCUGUCUGGACCCUGAAGGAAGCCGCUAUAAUAUGCAGACAUCUGGACUGUGGCUCUGCUCUUUCAAUAAGCAGCAGAAAUGAAUACUCAUACAGAUCUCUAUGGAGCAUCAGUUCUGACUGUGUUCAGUCUGGAUCUGCACUGAGGGACUGUGCAUCAUCAUAUUCCUCUUACUUCAUCAUGGAAAUCACCUGCUCAGACUCUGUCAGGCUGGUGAAUGGGACUAGUCUGUGUUCAGGCAGACUGGAGGUGAAGUCUGAGCAGUCGUGGUCCUCAGUGUGUGAAGCUGACUUUGACCAGCAGGAUGCAGAGGUGGUCUGUAGGCAGAUUGACUGUGGGGCUCCUUCAGUCCUCCAGGGGGCGCUCUAUGGAGAAGUGGAGGCUCCAAUGUGGACCAAAGAGUUCCAGUGUGGAGGCAAUGAGUCUGCUCUCCUGGACUGUAGAAGAUCAGACUCAGCUAGAAGAACCUGCUCACCUGGUAAAGCUGUUGGACUCACCUGCUCAGAGCCUGUCAGGUUGGUGGGAGGAGCCAGUCGCUGUGCAGGUACACUGGAGGUGAAAUAUGGAGAGUGGAGACCAGUGUGGUACUAUGACUGGAUCCCGAAGGAUGCAGAUGUAAUAUGUAGAUAUUUGGACUGUGGCUCUGCUGUUUCAACAAGAAGCAGAGAUGAAGCCUCAAGCAGAUCUACAUGGUGGUUCAGAUCUGACUGGCUUCAUUCUGCUUCUGAUGUGAGGGACUGUGUGUUCUCAUAUUCCUCUUCCUCCAUCUUGGAGCUCACUUGCUCAGACUCUGUCAGGCUGGUGAAUGGGACUAGUCUGUGUUCAGGCAGACUGGAGGUGAAGUCUGAGCAGACGUGGUCCUCAGUGUGUGAAGCUGACUUUGACCAGCAGGAUGCAGAGGUGGUCUGUAGGGAUCUUGGCUGUGGGGCUCCUUCAGUCCUCCAGGGGGCGCUCUAUGGAGAAGUGGAGGCUCCAAUGUGGACCAAAGAGUUCCAGUGUGGAGGCAAUGAGUCUGCUCUCCUGGACUGUAGAAGAUCAAACUCAACUAGAAGAACCUGCUCACCUGGUAAAGCUGUUGGACUCACCUGCUCAGAUCCUGUCAGGUUGGUGGGAGGAGCCAGUCGCUGUGCAGGUACACUGGAGCUGAAAUAUGGAGAGUGGAGACCAGUCGGUGGAAAAUUCUAUGACUGGACCCUGAAGAAAGCAGAUGCAAUAUGUAGAUCUCUGGAUUGUGGCUCUGCUGUUUCUACAGGAAUCAGAAAUGUACACUCAUACCGUAUGUCUGUAUGGUGGAUCAGCUCUGAGUGUCUUCAACCUGGAUCUGCACUGAUGGACUGUGCAUCAUCAUCAGGUUCUUCUUCCUCCAUCUUGGAGAUCACCUGUUCAGACUCUGUCAGGCUGGUGAAUGGGACUAGUCUGUGUUCAGGCAGACUGGAGGUGAAGUCUGAGCAGUCGUGGUCCUCAGUGUGUGAAGCUGACUUUGACCAGCAGGAUGCAGAGGUGGUCUGUAGGGAGCUUGACUGUGGGACUCCUUUAGUCCUCCAGGGGGCGCUCUAUGGAGAAGUGGAGGCUCCAAUGUGGACCAAAGAGUUCCAGUGUGGAGGCAAUGAGUCUGCUCUCCUGGACUGUAGAAGAUCAGACUCAGCUAGAAGAACCUGCUCACCUGGUAAAGCUGUUGGACUCACCUGCUCAGAGCCUUACAGGUUGGUGGGAGGAGCCAGUCGCUGUGCAGGUACACUGGAGCUGAAACAGGGAGAGUGGAGACCAGUGAGUUACCCUGACUGGACCCUAAAGGAAACAGAUGUAAUAUGCAGAUAUCUGGACUGUGGCUCUGCUAUUUCACAAAGCAGAAUUGAAGUCGGAUCUGAUCCUCCAUUCAGUAUUUCUGUAUGGAGGAUCAGAUCUGACUGUGUAAAGUCUGGAUCUGCACUGAGGGACUGUGUAUCAUCAUAUUCCUCUUACUUCAUCAUGGAAAUCACCUGCUCAGUUCUCUGUAAUUCUCACCCCACCUUCCACGUCAGCCGGGUAAAACCCAUCAAGGAGAGUCUGAUGGUUCCUGCGGCCUUGCCCCCUCCGCCACCGUGGAUGGUCGAUGGUGGUCCUGUCUACUCCGUGAAGGCCCUUCUGGAUGUGCGCAACAGGGGUCAGGGAAGACAAUUCCUGGUGGACUGGGAGGGCUACGGUCCGGAGGAACGACAAUGGGUCCCUGCAAGCUUCAUUGUGGACCCUGACCUCAUCAUGGACUUUUACAAUUCUCACCCUCAGUUGUUUGAGACUGUCAAGUUGGUGGGAGGAGCCAGUCGCUGUGCAGGUACACUGGAGAUGAAACAGGGAGAGUGGAGACAAGUGACUUAUUCUGGCUGGACCCUGAAGGAAGCAGCUGUAAUGUGUAGAUAUUUGGACUGUGGCUCUGCUGUUUCAACCAGAAGCAGAUAUGAAGCCUCACGUAGAUCUGUAUGGAGGAUCAGAUCUGGUUGUCUUGAGUCUGGAUCUGACCUGAAGUACUGUGUAUUAUCAGAUUCCUCUUCCUACACCGUGGAGGUCACCUGCUCAGGUAACGACCUGCAGGAAUACACAGAGACAGAAAUGGGAUUCAUCUCCAAAUGUGUUGAUGAAGUGACAACUGUUAAAACACGUGCCACAAAUAAGCCAUGGUUGACAGACGAGGUUCGUUCACUCCUGAAGACCCGCGAUUCUGCCUUUAAAGCUGGCGAUGCUGCAGCAUAUAUGGAGGCAAGGAACAAUCUGAAAAGGGGGAUCAGAGAGGCUAAAAAACAGUAUGGGAGGAACUUGGAGAAGAACUAUACCAUGGACACAAGGCGCCUGUGGCAGGGAUUUCAGACAGACACCAACACCAGGAGUGCACAAAGGCUGACACCAGCAUCUACUGACCAGGUUCUACAGCUGUCUACUGAGAGUGUUAGGAGGACCUUCUCCAGGAUAAAUCCUAGAAAGGCCUCCGGACCAGACAAUGUACCAGGCCGUGUCUUAAAGAGCUGUUCAGCCGAACUAAAGGAUGUCUUCACGGACAUUUUUAACACCUCUCUCUGCCAAGCUGUUGUGCCCACCUGUUUUAAGAGCGCCACCAUAGUACUAGUUCCUAAAAAUUCAAACCCCCACUGUCUAAAUGACUAUCGCCCUGUUGCCCUCACACCAGUUGCCAUGAAAUGCUUCGAGCGGCUUGUCAAGGACCACAUUAAAUCCCACUUUCCUGCCAGCAUGGAUCAUCUACAGUUUGCAUACAGGACAAACCGGUCUACGGAGGAUGCCAUAUCCAUCCUGCUCCACCUCACCCUCACUCAUCUGGAAGACAAGAACACCUACGCCAGGAUCCUGCUAGUUGAUUUUAGCUCGGAGUUUAAUACCAUCCUGCCACAGCAGCUGGUGGAGAAACUGCAGCUGCUGGGAGUGGGCACUAACACCUGCAACUGGGUCAAAAUCAACAGCAGAACAUCCAACACCAUCACAGUGAGUACUGGAUCACCACAGGGAUGUGUUCUGAGCCCACUACUCUUUACCAUGCUGACGCAUGACUGUUCUGCCAAUCAUAACACCAACCACAUAAUUAAAUUGGCUGAUGACACAACCGUUGUGAGGCUCAUCACAUAUGGAGAUGAAUCAGCAUACAGGGAUGAGGUGGAGACCCUAAUGACUUGCGGCACUGUUGUUGAGAGAGUCCAGAGCACCAAAUUCCUCGGGAUCCAUCUCAGGGAAGACUUGACCUCCAGAGACAAUACCACAGCUGUAGCCAGGAAAGCACAACAGCGUCUUCAUCUACUCCAGAGGCUGAAGAGAACAGGCCUCUCCAAGUCAGCCCUGACUGUGUUCUACCGUGGGACCAUCAAGAGCAUCCUCACCUACUGUAUCACUUCCUGGUCAGCAGGAGUUAGACGUCAGGACCGCAGGAGAACACUGAGAUGGAUUAUUAUCAUCCCAGUUCGUCCAGCUGAAGAGGAAAGAGCCUAA